AAUGAUGGGUUUAGAAGAAAGGUGUAAAGAAUGGAAAAAUGUAUGUUAUAAUAAAGUCAACACGUUAUUUAUUGCUUAAGCACCUUCAAAGUUUUCCAGUAAUGUCUGUUUUAUUUCAUAAUUAUGGAGUUAUCAGGUUAUUCAUCCUUAGGUUAUCACACUUGUCAUUUCUCAAGCCUUUGGGUUCUCAGGGUCUUGGUAAAGGAAUAACUCAGUAAUGUUUAAUUCAUGAUGUAAACUGAAACAAAAAGUGGUACAAAGACCCUCCGAGCUCAUUGUAGUAGAACCGCAAGCUGCUUCUAAUCCUUUUGGCUAGAGUUGCUGACAUGUGCUCCCUCUCUCCAAUGAGCUCGCUCUCUCUCUUUCUCUCUCUCUGCCUCGUGCUGUAGUACAACACAGCCCCUUCUGUCCAGUCCACACUACACACUCAGAACUGAAUACACUCGGCUCUACGGUCUAACCUGUGUGUUGAGAUACCCUGAGUGUCUGUGUAUAGCCCUGUUUGAACAUGAUUGAACACAACUCGGACCUGACAGCUGUAGCGCAUGAGCUGUGGGACAACGACAUCCAUCGCCUGAGACCCGGGACGGACUACCGCAUAGCUCUGCAAAAUAAAGUAGUUCACCUGUCAGACCUCAACGAUGGGAAGGAAGCAGCUGGAUCUCCUUUAUUCAUAUAUGUGGAUGAAACCAUUUUUAAAAAGGAAACAUUCUUGGCCUUCAUUUCACUUCUGGACAAUUAUGAGAGCGAUACAGGUGUACCAGAGGUCGUGACCCCGGAGGAGGAGGCGGAGAAUCACAGGUUUUUGGACUCCAUAAUAAAGACUCCUGUAAUGAAGAUUGUCCAUAAGUAUCUAGUAGAGAAGAAACUCUCUUCACCUGACACAUCAGUGUUUAAGGAGCAGCUGCACCGCACCUGGUUCGAGCUCUACGCCAGGAAAGGGUCCAACAGACCAGACUCUUCAGGGUUCGAGCAUGUCUUCGUAGGUGAAACUAGAGGUGGACACACUGUUAUUGGUUUCCACAACUGGAUUCAGCUGUACUUGCAGGAGAAGCUCGGCCAUAUCGACUACAAAGGCUACAGUGUCGAAGGGAAUUCUCCAGAACCUGACGAGAACAAACACAUCUUAGCUCUUCAGUUUAGCUGGAAGAACGGGAUCAAGCCCAAAGGCAGCAUCUUCAUCGGUGUGAGCCCGGAGUUUGAGUUUGCCCUGUACACCCUGUGCUUCAUCACCUCUCCGAACGAGCGCGUCAGAGUGUCCUUCAGUGUUUAUGACGUGGAGAUUGUAUGCCAUCACUACAACCAGAAGCACAUAGGAACAACGUACCCCGUCCUCAUCAGAUACCGGGAUGCAGAGUGAGCAGGAAGCCCCUCUCGCUGUGGGUCACCACUACUGCUUUUAUAUUUUAACCUCUAAUAAAAAUA